AUUUUCAGACUUUAGUAAGUGUAAUGGGUGUGGAAUGCGCUCUGCGAUCUGUUUUGUCUCGAGUUAACAGGAAACUACACUUCCCAUGAACCCCUGCGAGCUAUUGCUUCACUAGUUUCGUAGCCGAGUUGACUAUUCUUACAAAUUCCGCCUCAUGGAGCUUUUUAUUAUUUAACAUCACUCACCGCUGCUGAGAUGGCGGAAUCUGCGUCCUGUCCGGUGUUUCAGCUGGGAAAACCGCGUUACGAGCAGAGCACAUUUCUUGGCAGGUUGAGACAUUUCAUUGAUAUCAUCGAUCCUUCCACUUUGUUUGUGACAGAGAGUCGUUUAAGAGAAUGUAUCAAACUCCUGGAUGAUUUCAAGCAAGGGAAUCUUCCUCCAGGAAUUACAGAUCACCAGCUGUGGGAGGCUCAGAAGGUGAAGCAGGCCAUCAUUCACCCCGACACCGGGGAAAAAAUCUUCAUGCCUUUCCGCAUGUCAGGAUAUGUGCCAUUUGGAACGCCAAUCGUUGUUGGUCUUCUCCUUCCAAACCAGACUUUGGCCUCUACAGUGUUCUGGCAGUGGCUUAACCAGAGUCACAACGCUUGUGUGAACUACUCCAACCGCAAUGCCACAAAGCCAACACCAACCUCAAAGUUUAUUCAGGGAUAUAUGGGUGCCGUCACCAGUGCUGUUUCUAUUGCAGUGGGACUGAAUGUACUUAUCGAGAAAUCCAGCAAAUUUAACCCUGCCACCAGACUGUUCAUACAGAGGUUCAUCCCGUUCCCUGCUGUAGCCAGUGCGAACAUCUGUAACGUGGCUCUAAUGAGACACAACGAGCUGUCUGAGGGAAUAGAUGUGCUAGACCGCAACGGGAAUGUAGUGGGAUCCUCACGGAUAGCUGCCAAACAUGCACUGAUAGAAACAGCACUAACGCGGGUAGCGCUACCACUGCCGAUCUUCGUCCUGCCACCAAUCAUAAUGGCCUUCUUGGAAAAGCUUCCUCUGAUGCAGGCCCAUCGCAGGAUGAUGCUGCCUGUGCACAGUUUAGUAUGUCUGGCCGUCUUUGGUCUGUCCUUGCCGCUGGCGAUCAGUCUCUUCCCACAGAUGUCAGAGAUCGAGACAUCUCACCUUGAGCCGGAAAUUGCCAUGGCAACGGAUUGCAAGGUGCUGACUUACAACAAGGGACUGUGAUGAAAGAGAGAAGUUUAAUCAGCUGUCUAAGAUUGCCAAGGAUGUGUAGGAUAACAGGUGCAAACAGUAUUGAGGAGAAAAGUGUAUUCUGAGCAAUAGUAACCAGCUAACCUUUUUCUUAACCGCUGAGCCAUUCAGAGGCGUCAUGCCCAUUCAGAGUGAUGGGGGCACGUGCUCCCUCAGAUUUCUGAGCCAAGUAAAUUUUGAAUGCAGCUUCCUAAAGACAAAAAAUAGGCAAAUAAUAUUUUUUGUAUUUGAUCAAUUUACACCGGUGUGAUUAGAUC